UGUUUGAGAGCAAUAUAUUCACACUCCAAACCUUUUUGUUGCUUUGUGCUUAUUGGAAUGAAAGACCCUUGAGUUCUCUCUCUCUCUCUCUCUCUAGGUUUCACUCUUCUCUGCCAACUCUUCAAACAACAAAGAAUAAUCUCUCUUCUUCUUCUGCUACACCAACUCUUCCACUUCCAUAGACAGUUUGUAUAUUUGGAAUCUGAUGCCUCCGCCACCGCUGCUGGUUCCUGAAGAGGAAGGGCAGAGCAACACCUCAACGGUAGCAUCUGCAUCUCCACGAUCUUUGGACUGUUUCUCCCAAACUGGAGCUGGAUUGAAAGAACGCAAUUACCUUAGAUUGUCCGAUUGCUCAUCGGUCGAAAGUUCUGGUGUCCCAAGCUUGUCUGAUGAGCAAAAGGUGAACCUGAAUUUGAAAGCUACGGAGUUAAGGCUCGGCCUUCCUGGAUCCCAGUCGCCUGAAAGGGAUUUGGAUCUUUUUUCUUUGGCCUCAACUAAGCUUGAUGAGAAACCGCUGUUCCCUUUGCUUCCCACUAAAGAUGGAAUUUGCUCAUUGUCCCAGAAGAACGUGGUUUCGGGAAACAAAAGAGGUUUCGCUGACACAAUGGAUGUUUUUCCUGAGGCGAAAUAUAAUAGUAAUGCGCGUGUGAACAUAUUGCUAUCGCCUAGACCCUCUACAGCUCAACCUACUACAGUUAAAGAUAUAUCAAACAAAGUGUUACAAGAGAGCUCUUGUGCAGCAAAUGGAACUGGUGCUCCCGUCAAUGGCAGCGCACCGGCUUCUAAAGCACAAGUUGUCGGUUGGCCUCCUAUUAGAUCAUUUAGGAAAAACUCAUUGGCUACCACUUCUAAGAACAACGAUGAAGUGGACGGCAAACCAGGUCCAGCUGCACUCUUUGUGAAGGUUAGCAUGGACGGUGCUCCUUAUCUUAGGAAGGUAGAUUUGAGAAACUAUACAACGUAUCAGGAACUGUCGUCCGACCUUGAGAAGAUGUUCAGCUGUUUUACCUUAGGUCAAUGCGGUUCUCAUGGAGCUCCAGGAAGAGAAAUGUUGAGUGAGAGCAAGUUGAAGGACUUCCUCCAUGGUUCUGAAUAUGUAGUCACUUAUGAAGAUAAAGACGGUGACUGGAUGCUUGUUGGAGAUGUACCGUGGGACAUGUUCACUGACACAUGCAAAAGGCUGAAAAUCAUGAAGGGUUCUGAUGCAAUUGGCUUAGCUCCAAGGGCUAUGGAAAAAUCCAAGAGCAGGAGCUAAGAUAGAUGGCAUUAUUGGGACUGGUGACAAGUUUUUUUUUGUCUAGUAAAGUAAAGUUGUACUGAGAAGGGUGUGGACAGAAAACCAUGGUAUAAAGGACUGAAAAUCCAUGGGUUUUGAUGGUUUCAGAUGUUAUUAUGUUUUGAAGUCCCUAGUAGUGUCUUAAUAUAUGUGUUACAUUUGUUAUUUCUUUCAUUAUAUGUACCUUAUGAAGCUAGCUUCAGUAUUAGUAGUUUGGGAGUUGUGUAAUAUUUAUAGGAACCUAAUGUUUGGAUGAAUGCUUGUUGCAAUCAGUAUUGUUCAUGUGAUUUGUUACCA